AUGGAGUCACCGAAAUCCAGCAGCCUCGGAAACUCUCUCCUCGUGCCUUCUGUCCAGGAGCUGAUAAAGACCCAAAUCGACUCUGUUCCGUCCAGAUACUUACGCCCUGAUCUUGUUGACCACCCGAUUUCCGUCGCUGAUGUUCCGGUUGUUGAUUUGGGGAAGCUGAUUGAUGAAGCCACCAUGGAUUCCGAGCUCGCAGUCCUUCACUCUGCCUGCAAAGACUGGGGCUUUUUCCAGUUGGUAAACCAUGGAGUGAGCUCUACUCUGGUGGAGAACAUGAAGACACAAGUUCAGGAAUUCUUCUACUUACCAAUGGAAGAAAAGCAAAAAUUAUGGCAAUUACCAGGCGAAAUGGAAGGGUUCGGGCAGGCAUUCGUUGUCUCUGAGGAGCAGAAGCUCGAUUGGGCCGACGUCUUCUUCCUCGUCACUCAGCCUCCCCACCUCAGAAAGCCGCACUUGCUCCCAAAGCUGCCCCUUCCGUUCAGAGACACAUUGGAGAACUACUCGCUCGAGGUAAGGAACCUUGCAGCACAAGUACUGGACCAUAUGGCAAAAGCCCUGCAGAUGAAACCAGAGGAAAUGAAGGACAUAUUCUCGGGGAACGUAAGGCAGACAAUGCGGACGAACUACUACCCUCCGUGCCCGGAGCCUGACAAAGUCAUCGGCUUCACACCUCACUCCGACGGCACUGGCCUCACCAUCCUCUUGCAGGUGAAUGAGGUUGAAGGCUUGCAGAUCAAGAAAGACGGGCAAUGGGUGGCAGUCAAGGUCCUUCCCAAUGAUUUUGUGGUCAACGUCGGUGACAUUCUCGAGAUGAUAACCAAUGGAGUGUACCGGAGCAUCGAGCAUCGGGCGACGGUGAACUCGGAGAAGGAGAGGCUGUCGAUUGCUUGCUUCCAUUCUCCUAGGUUCGAUGGGGAGAUCUACCCUGCGCCGAGCUUGGUGACUGGAGACAGGCCGGCCUUGUUCAGGAAUGUGAGCGUUAAGGAGUUCUUUAGGGGAUUCUUCUCUCGUGAGAUUCAGGGGAAGGCAUACCUCGAUACCUUGAGAAUCUGA